GGGUUGGUUUUAUUUUCAUUUAGUCACUUGUAAACGGUUCAUUUCAUUAUUACCAGAGUUUCUGCUGCUUAACUACAUCUCCCAAGAUUCUCUGUCCUGUGCUAAAGAUUAUUACAUUCCCGCCCAGGUCGUGGAUCAACGUCAAUCAUUUGACUGACACACCCGCUGUCCAAUCAAUUGCAGUUGUAGGUCAACGUUUAAAACCGCGUGGGCGGAGCCUAGUUGUAGGGGGCAGGGCAGUGAGUAUCAUGGAGGAUCAGUAGGCAACCUGCGGUCAACGAAGAAGGAGCUACCGUUUUGAAUCCCCUCCACCGCUGCUUCAUCGCCCGCACGGAGUUUUUUUUUACCCGAUAACAUGGACAUGAAGAAGAGGGUUACACUGGAGCUGCGGGGCCGCAGCCCGGCAGAGAUGGCAGAGCUGGUGUUGGACAACAGUCGUUCAGCAGAUGGAGAGGUUGAAGGCCUCACAGAUGACUUUAAGGAGCUGGAGUUUCUCAGCAUGGUCAACGUGGGUCUGAGCUCAUUGGCUAAACUCCCAUCACUGCCCAAACUACGCAAGCUGGAGCUGAGCGACAACAAUCUGUCGGGUUCCCUGGAGACCCUGUCGGAGAAAUGUCCCAACCUGACCUACCUCAACCUGAGUGGGAACAAGAUCAAGGAGCUGAGCACCGUGGAGGCGCUGCAAAACCUGAAGAAUCUGCAGAGUCUGGACCUGUUCAACUGUGAGAUCACGUCCCUGGAGGACUACAGGGAGAGCGUCUUCGAACUCCUGCCGCAGGUCACCUACUUGGACGGCUUCGACCAGGAUGACAACGAGGCGCCGGACUCUGAGGCUGAGGACGAAGAUGAGGACGGUGAAGAUGGGGCGGAGCCAACUGGAGACUACGAUGAGGAUGAUGACGACGAAGAGGAUGAGGAGGACGAGGAGGGUGAAGAGGGAGCAGAGGAGGAGGAAGACGAGGAGGAUUAUGGUGAGGAGGAAGAGGAGGAGGAAGACGAUCAGGCAGGCGUUCAGGGACAGAAGAGGAAACGAGAAGUGGAGGAUGAAGGAGAAGACGACGAGGACGAAGACGAUUAGAGACUUGACAGCGAGGGUCUUCUGUUUGUCCUCUUUGUGUUUGUGUGUCCACGGGUGGAGCCACAGUCCACAAACCACAGGAACAAGAACCAACAUCAGGAAGUACUGGAACUGUUUCCCUCAGUUCUCAGUAGAAACAUCUCGUCUUUUUUUUUUGUUUUGUUUUGUUUUUUUAGAGAAGAUUUUAUCUGAACUUUAUAAACUGUUCCCUUUAAAAACCUGCUUCUGUCCCAGAAGUCCACCUCCAGCACCUGGACCCAGGACCCACUCACGGUCCUUGAACAAAUCAUGAGCAGAGGUCUGCGACCCUGCUCCGUGAACCACAACAUGGUUUUCAUCUGAAGGAAAGUCUUCAUCCUGGAUCCAACACCAGGUUCUGGACCAAUUUGGAACCUGGUUCCAAAAGUCCCAAGUCAAAAGCAGUUCUAGAUCCAGAUCCAGAAGCUGAAUCCUGAAUUCUAACCCAAACCACAUCCUGAACCAGGUUCCUCAGACCUUUGAUCCAGAACCAGAACUUUGUGAAGUUGAAGCUCAUGAAACCACCCGUUGAACCACAGUCCGGACCAAGCCGGCUCCUGGAACGAGCGUUGAAGGUUCUCAAAGAGGGUUCUAGUUCUUUUUCACAUCCAGAACUCGGUACUGAAGCCAAACCCACGACAUCGGUGCAGGAUUGGUAUCGACAUCCGACGACCCAGAUCCAGACGCCGGGUUCAGGAACUUGAACACGAUGUUGAGCAGAGAAGCCCUGACCUUUAACCCAGGUCCUACACUUUGGACCAGCAUCGAUUGAAACCAGUUCCAGAACUCUGUUCCCAGCAUUCUCCUCAGAAACCAGACUGUGAAUCUUCAUCCCAUGAACUGGUCUGGCUGCACCCCCGUUGUCUUUUUCCCAAUGUAAUAUUGGGAUUUUUCAGGGAAGGUUUGGGGGCGGAGCUUAAUCUGUGUGCUCUUUUUCUUGUUCAAUCAAAUCACUGCCAUCUGUUGACGUCAUGCCUCAAACCCCGCCUCCCGACGGGAGUCGGUGAGGAGGCGGAGUCUGAAACAUGACACCUGAGGAUCAACUGGACCACACUGAGUCCAGUUUGUUCCUGCAGCUUGGACUUUUAUUUAAACUGCUGUAAUAUUUAGCUUUUCUCUCUUUACACCUUUUAAACUUGUUUUACCUUUGACUCCGCCUACAGGUCAUGUCUGGUACAGUAAGUGGUCUUGAAUCAAGACCCAGAACUGAGACCCUGAAUGUGGGUUUAGGAAAAAAAAAUAUCUAGAGCUUAGGGCAAUAUGAGAUUUUUGUGUCGCCCCCUGCUGGAGAAUGGCCUGCAUUGAUUCUUUUAACAAUUUACUGAAUUAUUUCUUUUGUUCUUUAAACAGACACAAUAUUUUAAAAGUGGUCACAUAAUGCAUUUUUGUUUUUUUAUAAAACCAAUAAGAAAAUGGGCCAGUGUCAGAAGUUAGCCCCCUUGUGGGUCAACGAGGUAUUGCACCAAACUUGAACAUUGGGGUCAAAAGGUGAUGUUUUUAAACAGGUCAAAGGUGACUCAGGUGGUUUUAGGCUCAGUUUAGUUUUUUUAGUUGAAAUUUUAGCUCAUUUUCAGAUGUUUUUCUUUGUGUGUCACAGCGACAUCUGCUGUUAGUUUCCCUUCUUUGUCCUGUUUGUGAAAAAAAAGAUUUUGUGGU